AUUAUAAUUAUAGAAGCCGAUGAUAUUCAUUUCAUUAAUUUGAGAAACGCUGAUGUAAUGACAUUGUAUACUUUUGGGGUCAAGGUAUAGAAAGAAGAUGGCUGCGCCCAGUAAUCAACAAUAUUUACCAUGCGAUGAUUUUAUGAAGUUUCAGGAUGCUUUGAAAAAGCUGCGCCUUAUUGAUGAUAGAAUCGUCCAUGCUUUGAAUACAACAAUUCCUACACAGUCAUUCAGAGACAAAGUGAAUGUUACUUCAGAAUGUAAACGCUUAUAUGAAGAGAUGCAGAUAUCUUAUGAUCAACGAGACAAAUCAAUUCGACAUUGCAUAGAGCUUGUGAAUGAUGAUGUUAAGAAAUUAAGGCAAAGAAAACUUGAGGCUCCAGAUGAUGUAGAGGUUCUCAGAGCUUUGAGGAAAGAACAAACUAAGCUUAGGCUAAUGCAGCAAGAAAUGAGUAUAGAGGAAGUAGUGAAAGAUAGAACAUUAAAGUUAUCUCUCUUUGUUAAGAAAAUAGAGGACAGAUUUUUUUCUAUCGGAAAUAGAUUUAAACAUCUACUCGCUAUUGGUAUUUUUGCUUUCAAGACUUCGUCUGUGAACCAAAAGUUUUCUAUGAAAGAUGUCGAGACAACUACACACCACCUGCUGCUCCUAUUGUAUUAUAGUGCUAUUUAUCUGUAGUGUUUUCAUGUCAACAGAUUUUUUAUUUGGUGGUAUUAGCAGAGUAAUACAUUGGGCUUUUAAUGACUACCGGUACAUAGAUUCUGAAUUCUGUAUGCGUACAGUUUUGUAAUCAAAGUUAUAAUAGUUUAAAAGCAACAAUUUUGUUUGCAUGUUGUUUAUAACAAAGAAAAAAAUGGACUUUGAAAGAUUGGUUUCAUAUUAAGAUUGUAUCAAUGCUGUGUAGAGACUGCUGUAUCAUUGCUGUAUAGAAACUCAUGUAGACUUUUGCAUACAUCAUAGAUAUGAAUGAAGUUGUAUGGUAUGGUUAGUACUUGGUUUCCAGAUGUGAUAUUGUCAUAUUGACCAAAUGAUACAGAUAAUACAAAAAAACAUUAUUGCUCUUUUUUUUUAACAUUUAUAUCUGAUAUGAGAAAUGAUUUCAUCCUAAUAAACAUGUAUAAUUUGAA